UCCUCUCAUUGCUCAGAUGUGCACACUUCAUUGCUGAAGAUUGAAUUGUGUAUGUCAUGUUUGUGUUUUGACUUUUAGAAUCAUUCAGAUUCUGCACUGCUGCUCCAGAGGAUUAAUGAGAUACAAACUGUUCUCAGGACUUCCCCUUAUUCUAACGCAGAGAGGAGACGCCCUGUUGAUCACAGCAAGAGCUCAGGUUGGGGACAGCGCUCCACGACAUCGUUUUAUAAUAUCUUCUGACACAAAGACGACCACCAACCAAAAUGUUCAAGUUGCCUGAAGGUAAAGAUCACCCCUUUAGUCUGUCGGAUUGUGUCGAGGGUCCGGGGCCUGGAGGUGACCAUGAAGGUGGUCACCAUGGCGACGAUCACGACAGACGCGACUACAACCGUGACCACGAUCGCGACAGGGGUCACGGCAGUCCUGACAGGCACGCCGAUGAUGAUCGCCGUCGCCGCAGUGAUCAGUGUGACCGGGAUGACAGAAGCGGAAGUCCACGUGGUGGACGUCGUGGUCGUCGGGAUCGAGAUCGAGACCGAGACCAUAGCGGGAGUCCUGGAGGUGGUUGUCGGGAUCGGGACCAUAGCGGGAGUCCUGGAGGUCGUUGCCGGGAUCGGGACCAUAGCGGGAGUCCUGGAGGUGGUCGUCGGGAUCGGCACCGUAGCGGGAGUCCUGGAGGUGGUCGCCGGGAUCGGCGCAAUAGUGGGAGUCCUGGAGGUGGUCGCCGGGAUCGGGACCAUAGCGGGAGUCCUGGAGGUGGUCGCCGGGAUCGGGACCAUAGCGGGAGUCCUCGGUGUGGUCGUCGGGAUAACAGCCCGGGCCGGUACAGUGGUGAAAGCAGCGGCAGUGAAUCCGACGGCUGUGGUGGAAGACGCCGCAGGCAUCGGGGUAAAGGUCGCGGCCCAGGGCGUGGGCGAGGUCGCGGGAAAGGACAAGGAAGGUGGUGAACAGAGGACAGAUGAAUCCAGACCUGUCAGCUGAUCCUCAGAAGAGCCCUCUGGCUUUGGAAUCGACU